AUGGCCGAGACCACUGCGACCAACGGCAACGGUGCCGCCCCUAUCGUCGCUGCCGAAAAGAAGCACGACCGACCUGCUGGCAACCCUGAUGCAGUCGAAAUUGCUAAGCUCGCUGGCGGUAAACCUGACGCGGCUGCCAACACUGCCGAGCUCGACAAACUCGCAAAGUCCAUCGACAGCGUCCAGAAGGAGCUCAACCAAGUGCGCUCGCUUCUCUCAGGGUCUGGACCCUCGAAGGACAGCCCCGCCGGCAUUCGUCGUGCUGAACUGCGCUCGCAGCUUGACGAGCUUCGCAAUCAACAAGCUGGCAGCAAGGGUGCUCGUGGUAAGACCUUGGAAGAUCUUCGUUCGCUCCAGGAAAACAUUGCCAAGAAGAUCAAGGAUUUGCAACAUGCCAAGAGCAAAACGCCGUACAAGUCCACGGCUGACGUCGAUUCGAGGAUCAAGAGAUUGGAAGAGCAGGUCGAAUCGGGUUCAAUGAAGCUCGUGGAAGAAAAGAAGGCGCUCAGCGAAAUCUCGCAGUUGAAGAAGAACAGAAAAGUGGUCGAGAACUUUGACGCGAUGCAGGCUAGCAUCGAUGCAGACCGUGCCAAGGUGGAUCAGCUCAAAUCCACACUCGACAGCCCCGAAGCGAAAGCGCUCAACAAGAAGUACGACGACAUCAAGUCUGAAUUGGACGCCAUUCAGGCCGAGCAGGACAAGCAAGCUGGCUCACGCGGCAAGCUACUCGAUCAACGAACGCAGCUCAGCGCUCAACUCGAUGCGCUCUACCAGAGCCGACGUGAUCGUCAAGCCGCCUUCCGCGCUGCCAACGACACGUUUUAUGCCAAGCUCAACCAGGAGCGCGAACGUCGACUUGCUAAACAGCGUGAGGAACGUGCCGCGCUCGAGGCCGAGAAGAAGAAGGAGCACGCCGCGCAGUUGCGCGAGGAAGCGGCGAUGCCAGCGUUUGCCAAGGAGAUCGAAGAUUGCGAUGUCCUGAUCAACUACUUUUCCAAAGGUGGUGCCAGUGCUGUUCAGGACAAGAACGGCACUGACCAGCCAGCCAAGUCUGCGGUGGGCGGCAAGGCGCUCAAUCUCCGACAGGUCAAUUCGGAAGCCAUGGUACCCAAGGGCGCGGUGUUGCGUCAGAAGAGCGACCAAGAGGAGACCUACUUUGCAGGAAACGCCAAGAACAGAAAGCCCAGAGGAAGGGGUGGCAAGCGAGGAACUCCGCUCGACCUGAGCGCGGAUGCUGAUGCUGCUGACGAGAACACAAGCGCUGCUGGCGAGGGAAAACUCAACGUACCUUUGGGGACGCUUUCGGCUCUGCUUGCGCUCAGCAUCCCCCCACCUGUCAACGCGGCCGACGUGGCAAGGGUCGUUGAGAACCUCAAGCUCAAGCGUCAGUACUUUGUCUCCAACCAGGCUAGGGUAACAAAGGAGAACAUAGACAAGGUCGAAAAGUUGCUCGCGAAGAGCAGCCUUCACGAGGACGAUGCGGAGCACAGUCAAAAGGUUGACGAGGUCGAGGCCUAG